CUUUCUCUUCACGCUAUCUCGCAUGAAAACUUUCCAUAAAUUGCAUGCAAACUCAGACCCCCGUUGAAACUCUCUCACUCCCCAUUUCAGUCUCUCACUGGUCAAGCUUUUUCCCAUAUUUUCAAUUCCCCCAGAUUUCCCCCUAAUUAAAUAUCUCCCUCUCCCUCUCCCUCUCAUCGCAAUUUCAGAACCCUCUUCUCUCAAAAAUCUCGGAAAGUUCGAAGCUUUCUCUCACUCUCAAAACUCCAUUGCCGGAAAUUUCAUAGCUGUUGAGGCAGGGGAUGGAGGGUUUUCGCGGUUUCCCGGAAACGGCGUCGCUUUGGGCUCCGGAAUUUUUGUUGCCGGAAUGUGUGCCCGGAAGCUCAUCGUCGCAGAACCACAUUGGGGGAGAAUCCCAUUCUGAUCAAACCCUGGAGGCUGCCUUUUCUCGCCUAAAUGUGUCAGCUUUCAGCCGCCAGCAGCAGCGGAUUUCCGGCAUUGACUGCGGCAAUUACAGUAAUGGGCCGGCGCUGAACUACCCAUCAAGCGAUCACGGAUUUAGAGGCGGAAAUUCGAUGCCUUUUUGCAGCGGCGAGUGGUUGCAGAGUCGUCUGAACUCACAGAACGGCGGGGGUGGGGAUUUAGGGAAUUUUGGUCUUGAAAAUUGCUGGGUGGGAAAUGGCUCGAAUGGCUUUGUUCCCAAUCAAGAUUGCUGGGUGCAUUCUGACAUUGCUGGGUUUCAGGAACCUCUGGAUCGCCUGUCGUUGGCUGAUUUGCGCGGAAAUAUCGCUGCUUUGGCCAAGCAGCAGCACGGCUGUCGAUUUCUGCAGAAAACAAUGGAGGAUGCACCGAACAGGGAUGUGAUUGAUUUAAUAUUCUUGGAGGUUAUGGAAAAUGUGGUCGUUUUGAUGCUCGACCCUUACGGGAACUAUGUCGUUCAGAAGCUUGUGGAGGUCUGCACCGAAGAGCAGAGGACCCGUAUGCUUUCGAAGUUGAUAUUGGAGAGUCAUACGUCACUGGUUUGUAUUGCCCUCGACACUCGCGGAACUCGUAGUGUACAGAAAUUGUUGCAGUACGUUACUAACCAAGAGCAAGUGUCGUUGAUUAUGGGAGCUCUGAGCCCUGCUGCCGCUGUGUUGAGUAAGAACAACAAUGGCCAACAUGUGAUCGAACAGUGCUUAGAGAAUUUUUCUGAGGAAGACAACAGGGGUCUUCUGCUUGUGGUGGCUAUUAAUUGUUCCACAAUUGGGAAGGACAAAAGUGGCUGUUGUGUGCUACAAAAGUGCAUUGAACACUCUAGUGGUGAAAAUAGAGAACGCCUGGUUGCUGCUAUCAUAGCGCAAGCAACAGUACUUGCAGUAGAUCGCUACGGAAACUACGUGGUGCAACAUUUACUAGGUUUGAGGAUCCCGCAAAUCACACAAAAUCUUUUGAGACAACUUCAAGGCAGUUAUAUUUCUAUAUCAUUGAAUAAGUUUGGUAGCUGCGUUGUGGAGAAAUGCUUGUCCGAGUCAAGCGAAGAACAAUCUUCACAGAUUAUAUUUGAGUUGGUCACCAACCCAAAUGUGUCAAUGCUUCUUGUUCACCAGUAUGGGAACUUUGUCAUCCAGACAGCACUCGAGGUUUCUAAGGGUAUCUACCAUCAAGCUCUACUAAAUCUGGUUAAUUUAUACUCCGAAUUUCUGCGUGGCAAUUCUUAUGGAAGAAAAGUACUUGCUCGGCUUGACAGGUGCCUGCGACAUAUAUAGAAAUGCAAAGCUUCUUCCGCCUACGUUGCAAAGUCACCUUUGUAGGUGUUGGAAGAACGGAAAAUAUGCGUGUGGAUAUCAGCAGCCGGCUAGGAGCUAACUUUAGUCUUGUAAUAUCGAAAUCCUGUCCAAAGGAGAUCACAGAGGGAUGAUUAAUGUCCGUUACGAAACUGUAGAGUUGUGUGAUCCUCCCAUUGUUUUGGGGGAAUAGGUUUUUGUGUAUUGUGAUCUCUCCCACAGUUGAUUGUUGUACUCUGUUAUGUCAACUAGGAAGGCAAUAGCUACGUUGGAAUUGUUCUGAUUAACUCUGCUGUAAUUUUCUUUUCUUUUAUUUAUGUAAAAGUUAAAACAAUUGAGAUGCUA